GCCUCAGCCAAAAGCAUAUUCAAAACGUUCUAUUUGAAAAACGAAAGUGGUAGGUUCCUCCGGGGUUUCUGUGGGAGACAGCGAUUUAUGUUUGAAAAAAAAAUGGAUAAAUUCAGAUUCUCAAUUGAUCGUGGUGGUACAUUCACAGAUGUUUAUGCAGAAUGCCCUGGAGGUGAUAUCGAAGUAAUGAAACUUCUUUCGGAAGAUCCAGCCUAUCCAGAUGCUCCAACUGAGGCCAUUAGAAGAAUUAUAGAAAAGAAAACUGGAAAAAAUGUUUCACUGGGUAAUCCUGUUCCAACUGAUAAGAUUGAAUUUAUAAGAAUGGGUACAACAGUAGCUACAAAUGCUUUGUUGGAAAGAAAUGGUGAACCAAUGGCAUUGCUUAUCACAAAAGGCUUUAAGGAUUUGCUAUACAUUGGAAAUCAGGCACGACCAAAUAUAUUUGAUCUAAAAAUCAUUUCACCAGAUGUAUUGUAUGAAGAUGUUGUUGAGGUUUCAGAGAGGUUGGUCAUAAAGCAAGAUGGUUGUCAAUUAAAAAAUCAACAUAAACUUGUUUACAGUCAGGACAGGAAACAGGUGUUAGAAGUGUGGGAGGAAGUUAACGAGGAGAAACUUAUUAAAGAUUUAAAAGUUGUCCUAGAUAAAGGGAUACAAUGUUUAGCUGUAGUGUUGAUGCAUAGUCACAUUUAUGGGGGUCAUGAGCAACAAGUGGGAAAAAUUGCAAAAUCCCUUGGUUUUAAACAUGUUUCUUUAUCAUCUGAAGUUAUGGCGAUGGAGAAAAUUGUUCCUCGUGGAUAUACAGCUUGUGCGGAUGCAUACCUGACUCCACAUAUCAAAACAUAUGUCGAUGGUUUUUCAAAAGGAUUUCAUAACAAGCUUGAGAACGUUCCAGUGUUGUUUAUGCAAUCAAACGGAGGCUUAACACCAGUUGAACAAUUCAUUGGUAGUCGAGCAAUAUUGUCUGGUCCAGCUGGUGGAGUAGUUGGAUAUGCUCUCACAACAUAUAACAAAGAAACGCACCAGCCUGUUAUUGGAUUUGAUAUGGGAGGUACAUCAACAGAUGUUUCACGCUAUUCUGGCAGCUAUGAAGAAAUUCUUGAGAAUACCACCGCUGGUAUUAGCAUUCAAGCACCACAGCUUGAUAUAAACACAGUGGCAGCUGGUGGUGGCUCGAGAUUGUUUUUCAGAUGUGGGCGGUAUGAUGUAGGACCAGAAUCAGCUCGUGCACAUCCUGGUCCAGUUUGUUACCGAAAAAAUGGAUAUUUAGCUGUUACAGAUGCAAAUCUAGUUCUUGGACGAAUCUUACCAGAAUUCUUUCCAAAUAUUUUUGGACCCAAUCAAAAUCAACCAUUAGACAGAGCAAGUUCCUAUAAAGCAUUUGAAAAAUUAUCUACUGAGAUUCAUGCAUUUGAUCUUACCCACAACAAAUCUGUCGAAGCUAUUGCAAUGGGUUUUAUUGAUAUUGCGAAUGAAGCAAUGUGCAAACCUAUUAGAGUUUUGACUGAAGCACGAGGAUUUGAUACAUCAAAGCAUGUGUUAGCGUGUUUCGGUGGUGCGGGAGGACAACACGCAUGCGCAAUAGCUAAAGCUUUAGGCAUGUCAGAUAUAUUUAUUCACAAGUAUUCUGGUAUUUUAUCAGCUUAUGGUAUUGCACUGGCUGAUGUUACUUGCGAAAAACAAGAAUCCUCUGCGUUUGUUUAUGAGAAAGAGUUUUAUGACGCCAUUGCUGAAAGAAUUGACAAGCUUACUGCAGAUUGUGUGGAGGAUUUAAAAUCUCAAGGAUUCGCAGAAGAUCAAAUAUCUGUUGAACCACGAUUAAAUAUGAAAUAUGUCGGCACCAGUGUUGCAAUUCUUGUUUCAGAUGAAAAUCACAAGGUUUCCGAAGAUGGUUUUAAGUAUGGCGAUUUUCAACAAGCAUUCCUUCAAAGGUAUAAAAGGGAAUUUGGAUUUGUUAUUGAAGACAGGUCCAUUAUAAUUGAUGACAUUAUUGUUCGAGCCUCUGCAAUGUCUAAAGUUCCAUUAAUUAAAGAAGCACCACAAGCGACUGAGCCACCUCAUGUAGAGAAGGUUACACAGUGCUACUUUGACGAUGCAUAUUUACAAACAAAAGUAUAUUUUUUGAACAAAUUGAUGGCUGGACAUGUAGUUGAAGGGCCUUCCAUAAUCAUUGAUCAGAACAGUACAAUCCUUGUUGAACCAGGCUGUGUAGCUAGCAUAACAAAACACGGAGAUGUCAGAAUUAAGGUUACAUCAGGAAACACUCACAAGAUUAUUGGAACAAACCUUGACAGAAUACAGCUCUCCAUCUUUUCGCAUCGCUUUAUGAGUACUGCUGAACAAAUGGGAAGGGUGCUGCAAAGAACUUCAUUGUCCACAAACAUCAAGGAGCGCUUGGAUUUUUCAUGCGCCAUGUUUGGGCCAGACGGAGGUCUGGUAGCUAAUGCACCUCACAUACCUGUUCAUCUUGGAGCCAUGCAAGAAACUAUCAAGUACCAGAUCGAACAGCUAGGAGAUUCCCUGAAGGAAGGGGAAGUGAUACUAAGCAACCAUCCAUCUGCUGGUGGGAGUCAUCUACCUGAUCUGACUGUGAUAACUCCAGUGUUUUAUCCAGGAAAUGAGAAACCAGUCUUCUUUGUUGCUUCUAGAGGGCAUCAUGCUGAUAUUGGUGGCAUCACUCCAGGUUCAAUGCCACCUAAUUCAAAAACUAUAUUUGAAGAAGGAGCAGUGUUUAAAAGUUUUAAACUCGUAAAAAAUGAAACAUUUCAAGAAGAAGCUGUCACAGCUGAAUUGAUGGCUCCAAGUCAGUACCCCAACUGUUCUGGUACGAGAAAUCUCAAAGAUAACAUUUCUGAUUUGAAGGCACAAAUUGCUGCCAAUAACAAGGGUAUUCAUCUUAUUAAAAAACUUAUCGAUGAGUAUGGACUUGAAAUAGUGCAAGCGUACAUGAGUUAUAUACAGAAAAAUGCCGAGGAUGUCGUUCGCGGUAUGUUGAAGGUGUUUGGGAGCGAAACUAAGUUACGGACUGGAAAAAGUGUUUUACACUCAGUUGAUUACAUGGAUGACGGUUCACCAAUUAACCUCACUGUCACGAUCAACGAAAACGAGGGUUCCGCCGUGUUCGAUUUCACUGGUACGGGUCCACAAGUGUAUGGUAAUUGCAAUGCGCCACGAGCUGUUGUGCUAUCUGCGUUGAUAUAUUGUAUCCGUUGUAUGGUAGGGAAAGAUAUUCCUCUUAACCAGGGUUGUUUAGCACCUAUUUCAGUUAUCAUACCUCAUGGUUGCAUGAUAAGCCCACACGAUGAAGCGGCGGUUGUCGGUGGAAAUGUACUUACAAGUCAACGUCUUGUAGACGUCAUCUUUAAAGCAUUUCAGACUUGCGCUGCGUCCCAGGGUUGUAUGAACAAUGUAACAUUUGGAGAUGGAGAAAGUGGGUAUUAUGAAACCGUUGCAGGUGGAUCAGGAGCUGGGCCAACUUGGGAAGGUCGCAGUGGUGUUCAUACUCACAUGACAAACACAAGAAUUACUGAUCCCGAAAUUCUUGAAAAGAGGUAUCCUGUCGUGUUACGAAGUUUUGCGAUAAAACAUGGUAGUGGAGGAGAAGGAAAGUAUCGCGGUGGCGACGGUUUGUUACGAGAGUUGUUGUUUCGCAGGGAACAAGUGUUGUCUGUGUUAACAGAGCGAAGAGUUCUGCAACCCUACGGAUUACAAGGCGGAAAUCCCGGUGCAAAAGGCCUGAAUCUUCUGUUAAAAUCAAAUGGUCAUGUUAUCAAUCUGGGUGGAAAAACAUCAGUGCCUGUCAAUGCUGGUGAUCUAUACCAGAUGUGUACACCAGGUGGAGGAGGGUAUGGAGAGCCGAAUGAAAACAACGACACGCCGUCACAACCGAUGCGACAUCACGCGUACGAUUCCGCCAUGUUAGGUAGUGGGAGUUUGAGCCAGUAUAAACAAAUGCAAGAGUCUGUUUAAUCUGUUUUUUUGUUGUUUUUAAUUAUUUUUAUUUGAAUUAUUUUUAAUGUUUUUUUAAUUCAAUAAAAAGAAACGCAAUUUUCUAAUACUCUUUCCAUUUUCCUACUGAAAAUGUAUAUUUUACAUGAAGUUUACUAUAAGAAAAAAAAUAAAAAAAAAUUCUCGUAAACCCAGGGUUUUUCUUACCAAAUACUGGUGUCUACAAAAACGGGUCAUAAUUGGUUCCAAAAAAAGAACAUAGAAAUAGGACAAGGAGUAUAUAAAAAUAGCCAUACCUAUAUUUUAUUUCAAGCCGAAACUGAUCAACUCACAAUCCCCAGUGCGUUUCUUACAAACGAGUGUAAUCUGAAAUUCCUGCUUUAUACUUCUGACGUUAUGAAUUAGGUUUUCAUUUAUUCUUUUUGCAUUGGAUCCAUUUGAUUCUUGUUUCUUAUCUCCCAUGUUAGCCACGCUUAAAUUCUUCUAAGUGGCUUACAAGAAUCUCCUAAAUAACCUGUAAAUUUGAAUCUAAAUUAUUUAUUUUUUAAAAUCUCCCAAAAUAUUUUAACUCCAUUUUGAUCAGUAUUUGUCCACAUGAUUUUUAAGAGUUGAAAAAAAGGUCGAAAACUUGAUUACUGUUUAUCUCCUCAAUUUUUAGCAAAAUUAAGUUAUCAUCUUUUACAUUGUUGUUGGGUCCUGGGAACAGGGUUGCAAGUAAACAUUUAACUCUCUUGUAAAGUAAAUAUAUCAUCAGACGUUUUGUAAACAAAGCUGAACGUUGUCUAUCUACUUACGGUUAUAUAUGUGUGCACAACCCGUUAGCCGUGAAAAAUUUAUAGGAUUGAUUUAUUUCACGGGCAAAAAUAUAUAUCGCAUUUACUUUUA